UUCCGGCGGGGAGCGCGGCGCGUGGGUCGGAAGCGCCGCGGCGGUGGCGGAGCGGAAAAUGGCGACGGCCGCGCAGCUCACGGAUGAGGAGCUUUUCUCGGAGCUGAGGCGCUUCGGCUUCUCCCCGGGGCCGGUCACCGAGAGCACCCGGCCCGUCUACCUGAAGAAGCUGAAGAAGCUGCGCGAGGAUGAGCGGGCCGGGGCCCGCGGCGGCGGCGCCAACAAGACCCGGAACAGCAACAACAAUAACACGGGGGCCGGAGCGGCGCCGGGCGGAGGCGGCGGCCGCGGGCGGGCGGCCACGGGAACGCGGCUGGCCGGCGCCGAGCACCCCUUCCUCCCCGGGGCUGCCGCCGGGGGCGGCCGGGGCCGCGCCGCACCCCCCGCCGGCGGUGGCAAAGUACUGCUGGGCUUCAGCUCGGACGAGUCGGACGCGGAGAGCAACCCCCGGGGCCAGGCCGGCGGCAGGAGGGAGCGCGCUGCGCCCCUGUUCCGCGGCCUCAGGCCCGCCGCCCCCCACGGCGUGAGCAGCAACUCCCCCCCGGAGGAGGCGGCCCGGCGGAAGCCCAGCUCCUGGUGGGGGGCAGCGGCCAGGAGACCGGCGGCGACUCAGGGCGCGAGGGAGCUCGGGGACGGCGAGGAGGAGGGAGGAGAGGAGGAGGACGACGAAGACGAGAAGGAGGAGGAGAGCGAGCAACAGCGGUGGAAGAACCGGACCGUGAACGGGAACCGGCUCCUCUCCUACGGCGGCAGCAGGGACAAGUACUCGGACUCGGAGGAGGAGGAGGCGGCGGGGGCGAGGGCCAAGCAGCAGGGACCGAAGGAGGAGUCUGCAGUUCGCCGGCCCAGACGGAGCCUCAGCAAGUCGCCUGCUCCAUUCAUAACAAGCAAAUGCGCUGCAGCCGGCGCUGGCGUGAUGGAGACGGGCCAAGAAAGGGCUGGCGGAGGCUGCGGUGCUGGUGUGCUCGUAACGAAUGACAGGGCGGCGGGGGCGGCUGCUGCCGGCAGUCUAGACAGGGGCAGAAAUGAGGAGGAGGAGAAUGAGGCAGCAGCGGAGGGAAGAGGAGGAGGAUGUGAAAAUCUGGACUCUAGUCCUCCCAGCCCCAGAUACCGCCUAUCCAAGAAAUCCCCAUCAGUAUUGUUGCUGCCACCACCGCUUACGGACGUGGACAGCGGUAAAAUCACUGACCCCGCAGGCACCAUUAGGAAAGCGACCAAUAAUCAUGUUCUCAGCGGUGCUCCUGGUAGCUAUAAUGUUGAAUCCAAGAUCUAUUCAGCUACUAAUAGCCUUCCCCCGAGUGGAACCACCUCCUCCCUUAGACUCAACCACUCCAAUCAUACGGGUUCAAAUCAUACCUACCUGAAAAACGCCUACAAGAAGAAUCUCUCUGAGCCCGAGGAGGAGCUUCUCCAGCAGUUCAAAAGAGAGGAGGUAUCCACCACUGGAGGCUUCAGUGCACAUUACCUGUCCAUGUUCCUCUUAACUGCUGCAUGCUUGUUCUUUCUGAUACUGGGAUUCACAUACCUGAGAAUGAGAGGUUCUGGAGUAGCUGAGGAUGUGGGAGCCAACAUCAAGAAUCCUUUUAGUGAAGAACCACAGAAAAUACAAGAACAAGAAAGAAACCUCAUGAAGAGCUUGUAUGCGCUUCAUGACAAAUUGGCACAAGUAGCAGGGGAACAUGAAUGUGGCAGCUCUGUUCAAAGAAACCUUACCGUCCAGGAGGCAGCUGCAUAUUUAAAAAAUUUAGAUCCAGAAUAUGAAAGUGUACUUAACAAAGCAUUACAAUGGAUCUUGAAUAGUGGGGAAGAUGUUGGCAUAAAGUGUCUCAGCAAUGACCCUAAUGAGAUGAAUGUCACCAAUGUGACAGAUGUGAAGUAUCUGGAAUCCACUAGUCCAAAGAUGUCUUUCAGGUGUCGUUUUCGCCGUGCGUUUGUUAAUGUAACUCACAGAUUAUUGAUAUUGUUCCUGGGUAUAGUGAUGGUUUGGGGAGUCUUACACUACAUGAAGUACCGUUGGGCAAAAGAGGAAGAAGAAACGAAGCAGAUGUAUGAUAUGGUGGUAAAAAUCAUAGAUGUUCUAAGAAGCCACAGUGAGGCAUGUUCAGAAAAUAAAGAGUUGCAGCCUUACAUGCCAGUUUUACAUGUGCGUGAUUCUCUAAUACCUCCUCAGGACAGGAGGAAAAUGAAUAAGGUCUGGAAUCGAGCAGUUGACUUUCUUGCAGCAAAUGAAUCUAGAGUUCGCACAGAGACACGAAGAAUAGGUGGUGCCGAGUUCUUGGUUUGGAAGUGGAUGCAACCUUCUGCAGCAUGUGACAAAAUUUUAGUAAUACCAUCAAAAGUGUGGCAAGGCCAAGCAUUUCAUCUAGAUAGAAGAAACUCACCACCGAACAGCUUGACACCAUGUCUAAAGAUUCGCAAUAUGUUUGAUCCAGUUAUGGAAAUAGGUGAUCACUGGCAUCUAGCAAUUCAAGAAGCAAUCUUGGAGAAAUGCAGUGAUAAUGAUGGAAUUGUUCAUGUUGCUGUUGACAAAAAUUCACGUGAGGGCUGUGUAUAUGUCAAGUGUCUCUCUCCGGAGUAUGCUGGAAAGGCUUUCAAAGCAUUACAUGGCUCUUGGUUUGAUGGAAAGCUGGUAACAGUAAAAUACCUGCGACUAGAUCGGUAUCAUCAUCGUUUUCCCCAGGCUCUUACUUGUAACACUCCACUGAAGCCAUCAAACAAACACAUGAACUCUAUGUCACAUCUGCGUCUUCGGACAGGCACAACUAAUUCUCAGGGAAGUUCCUGAGAAGACUUUCUACAACUGCUAGGACUGUUACUCGCAACAGGAAUUUUCCUGUUUGGCUGCCGUCUUCCUUUUUUAGUGCUUUUUGUAUGUAAUACUUCAGUGAAUUAAAUAAAAGUUUGAACGUUCCAGAAAUCAUGUUUCCAAAGGGACUUAGCAAUGAGGCAGUAAUACUGAGCUGACAAAAGAGAAAAAGAGAAAAAGUUGCUUCACAGAGUUUUCCGGGGCUAUAGUAAACCAAUGCAUUUAAGUUUUGCAUGAGGACUACCGAAUUCAUUAUACAUUUGCAGAUGUGGUGACUGUAUUUUUGCACCAAGAAGUGUUUUUGAUAAUACAAAAGCAUGGAGAAAAGAAGACUUCCUAUAUUCCCAUAGUCUCCUGUGAAAUAAUCUUGUGGGUAUUUUGUAACAACCUCCAGUUCCUGAUGGUGAAUAAGUUAAAAAAAAAAAAAAUCAGUCCACAUUAGUUUUUUGUUGCUGUAUAAGAAUCUUCUUCUGCAGCUGGGGUAUGGGGAAAGUGAAUUUGGCAUAAGUGGUUGCAUAUAAUUGUGAGGGAAAACAAACUGAAUGUGGAUGUACGGGGUUUUGUAUAUAAAUGUAAAUGCUGGUGGUGGCAAAAAUGGUUGUGUUCUGUGAGGAUGUCUGCAUCGAAGCAGCGAAUAAGCUUCCUAUUUUAUUCAAAACCUAAUGUUUUAUAUUAUUUUGGCUGUACCAUGACAAGAGGCCAAAUACCUAAAAGUGUUGGAUACAGGUAAAAUAUCUUUUAUAGGUUUUUUAUUAAAAUGCCUGACUGAUUUUGUGUGAAAGGUCUGAUACCAAUUGUAAUGAAUUCAAAUUUAUGAGCAAUAAAGAAGCAAUUGGCAGAUACUGGAAAAA